GCGGUAUCACCACGGAAAGUUUUUCUGCGACAAUCUCGAACGCGACAGGAUUCUUCCUAUCAAUAUUUCUUCCAAGCCCUGUGUCUAGGACUUACAAAAAGUACUCGUUUACGAGCAUUGCGUGCGGAUGCACGCUACGGAUAUUUGACACAAUGGCAUCCGCGGCCAGCUCACAGGCAGUAUACGACAGCAACCUUACCAUCGAUGCACCUCACUUCGCCCUCCCUGCGACCCCAAGCAGGUCGCCGUACAAAGACACGCUGCACAGAAGGUCGCCAACGAAACAGCUGCGACCGGGUCCUAAGACUAUAGUGAACUACGAUGAGUAUCACCGCCUAGUGAACAGCGACAUUUCGACUGUGGCAGAGAAAGAACUUGCAACACGCGUUGUUCGUGCCGCGGAGAAGCUCAAGGGAUGGUGCAGAGAGGUUGAGCAGUGGGGUUGGACAGGCAGCUUUGACAAGCGAUACGGUCGACCUGAUAGCGACCCUUUUGAACGUGCCGAUCUGAGCCCUAGCUUAGAUCAAGAAGCAGUCAAGGAGUACGACGAACGAUUAGACAAAAUUGACGAAGAACUUCAAAGCCUCGAAGUCGACGAUCUCAAAGAACAAAUACUAGGCAUUCACCGCGGCAGAUCACGACCCUCCUCAAGCUAUUCCUCCUCCAGCGUAUCAAACCUAGUUCUCUACGAUGACUUUCAACUGUUCGUGACCGAGUCGCUACUCUACAGUCUUCCAUAUUAUGCAAAGCUGAAAGACUAUCUCAAAACAUGGAAUAUUCGACUCAACGUGUUCCGUGAAGUUCCAACAUAUCUCAGUGGCUUGAGCUUCCUAGAGGAGAUUCUCAAAGAAGCUUGGCAAGGCCUGAAGCAUGCAUCAAUUACGGAGAUUGACCCCAGCGACAUCGACGCGCUGGACGAACAACUUACCACGGCGCAAGCUGCUUUGAAACGGAAGGUGACGGAGCUGGGCUCUCAGCUCGACAGAAUGUUGGAUAUGCUGGAAGGGAAGGACGAUUGCUUACCAGAUGCAUGGAUCGAUAAGUACGAAAACAGUGAAAAGAGCUACGGCGAGUGGUCGUACCAGGCCGAUAGGAAGCUCUUCCACCUACGACAUGCUGAUCGUGAGUUGCUUAGAGAGGCAGCAAUGGUCAAAUCUCUUUCCGAAACAGUAGAAUAUAGUCUGGUAGAGCCAAAAGAGCCCAGUUCUAGUCAGGCGCAGGAUGUUGCAACACACGAAACAAAGACUGGGCUCCUUCCAGAGGCAGCAGUAUUGCCUUUGGGAAUGGACGACCAGCGUUCUGAAGAUCAAACGAAGGAGACUUUCGCAGAACAAUCCAGAGCGUCUGUCGAGGAAAGUUAUUCCACGCUAAAUGGAGAUGAAAAUUCGGCGGAAGAUGAUGAUCUGCAGGAUGAGGAAGAACCCGUCAUUGUAGAGGUUGUCCAUAGGCCGGUAGAAGCGGUUUUACGUCGCGCGUCCGUCGCCUCCAUCGAGUCGUUCACACGCGACCAGGUUAAGAGUGUCGAUGUACCCAGCCGCAGAAGUAGUAUUGCCUCAUUUAAUUCCGUCAAACGGCCAAUGUCACGAACAUUUGAUACUCCGGGAACCCCCUCUCCAGCUGAAGGACAACCUCGACGCUCGUCAAGAACAAGUCCACUUGCGACUGAAUCAGUAUCGGACUGGCCUGAUUUGAAGUUUUUGACGGAGCAAACGCAACCACGAACGCCUCCUCCCAAUUUACCAACUUUACGCAGAAAUAGUGGCUCAUCCAUGACAUCACCUGCUUCUGAUGUUUCGGACUCACUUAAUCAGGGUGACGAGUCACCAUCAGUGCGAGCCAGCAUGAACCAUUCUUCGAAGCCUCCUCUGAACUACACAAUGAAGAAACGUCGAAACAAUAAUAGCAUUGAUGCGUCGAGAAUGGCAUCAACCCCAUUCCCGGAUCAAGAGUUAAAUCUCGACACGUCGUUGCCAACAAUACCUGCUUCGCCAACAAAAACUAAAUCACCAGGAUCACCGUCUGUACCUCUGGAAGAGCAGAUUAGCAGUAUUCUUGAAUCACUUCCGGCACGAAUAAAGCUGACAUCCAGCUCCACGCCCAACGCUCCAGAGGUCAAGUCUAAGCACAAGCGAAGGACCUCUACAUCAUCCACUGUUUCUGCGACCUCCGACGCCCCUCGAUCUGGGAUCCGUAGUCGUGCUGUCACCCCAUCAUUGACAGGAAGACCUGGGAUUACACUAGCACCAGCUGACGAACCUGGCCCAAAAAGAGGCGCUAAUGACCCAGAAAUAAAGGUCUACCACCUAAUGUCUGGAAACGACAAACCUCUGAAGUUGUUCAUUCGACGUGUGGGUGAGAAUGGCGAACGCGUUAUGGUACGUGUUGGGGGUGGAUGGGCCGACCUUGGCGAAUAUCUUAAGACAUAUGCCGAGCAUCACGGCCACCGAACAGUUAGCGAAGGCAGGGUGGAGGUGCUAGGUUUAGGAAAUGAUAGAAUUCUAACUCCCACAUCAGCAAAUAGUGGUAGGAAUUCCGCUCUAGGAUUUAGGAGCGAGAGCCGUGUCGAGGGAGCCGAGGGAAGAAGUGGUAGCAGAUUGGGCAUGCGCACAGAUUCGCGUCAAGGAAUGCUAAGUGAUUCGAGGAGAUCGAGUACGAUGGGGUCGACUGGCUAUCCUUCAAUUACCACCAGCAAUGGGAAAGAUCUACCCGGUGCAAGCCCUGCCACCACGGACAGCAUCUCUGGGCCGAACGAAGAUGUUCCUACGCCAACGUCGGCUACAGCUUCAGCGAAUGGGUCGCAACGUAGAGGUAAUGCAUUCUGGGACGAGGGUGGAUCUCUCAUGGGCCCAGCAGCUGUGAGAAAGAGCAGUGAAAUCAGCAGUGAGAAAAAAGAGUGGGUUGAUUCCGUCGUGGAACAGGCAAAGAAGGUGGGACGCAAGGUUGAAUUUGGAGACCUGAAGAAAGUGGGCGGGACGCGUAGAGUAUUUUUGAAAGGGAGGACAGCUAGUGGUACAACGUCUGCUGGCGGUGCCACUCCUCCAAGCACAGGCGACAGGGAGUAAUCGGAUUGCUCGUUGAGAGGACGACAAGAAAAAUUUAUGAUAUACCCUUAUUCUGGAAAAUAUGAUUCCUG